GAGAGCAGCCUUUAAAACCAUUUCCUUUGUUUGCUGUAAGGCAAGGAAUAAUCACCCAUCACCUUCCUUAUAUAUUUUAUUUCCAGGGAAGUUCCCUUGCAGUUUCUUGUUAGCUCACUUCCUUCUGGUUUUUGUUAUAUAAAUUCACAUUAAUUCCCAUAGUUCCAUAACACCCAUCUUCGCAUUUCCUGGUUUUCCUCUCCUUUCUGAUCAAAGAAGUAUAAAAACCUGCAUUGAAACUUUUAGUUACAUCCUUCAUUAGGAGUUUUCAUUGAAGCAGGUAGCUUUGAAGAGAAGCAAAAGCAUGGGAGUUGCAGGCACUUUGGAGUAUUUGUCUGAUUUAAUGAGCAGCACUGGCCAUAAAUACAAGAAGAAAAAGCAGUUGCAGACUGUGGAGCUCAAGGUCAGGAUGGAUUGUGAUGGCUGUGAACUCAAGGUCAAGAAAGCCCUUUCUUCAUUGAGUGGAGUGAAAUCCGUGAACAUAAACAGGAAACAGCAGAAGGUGACUGUAACAGGAUACGUUGAAGCAAACAAGGUGUUGAAGAAAGCCAAGUCAACAGGGAAAAGAGCUGAGAUUUGGCCUUAUGUUCCUUACAACCUGGUGGCCCAGCCUUAUGCUGCUCCUGCUUAUGACAAGAAGGCACCUCCUGGUUACGUCAGGAAUGUAGAGAAAAAUGCAACCACUGCCACUGUCACCAGAUAUGAAGAUCCCUACAUCUCCUUGUUCAGUGAUGAAAACCCAAAUGCAUGUUCUGUCAUGUAGGUUCUGUAGUAAUUGAUGUCCUGAUGAAAAAAAAUCAUUAAGCCCAGCGUUAAAAAGAAAUCCUAUAUAGUAAGUACUUUUUUGGUUUUGUUUUCCCUGUUGGAUUUUAUGGUAGAAAAUUUUAAUGGGAUAGAGAAGAUUAUUGAGUUAUUAAUCAAAGUCCUUUUUUGUUUUUCAAAAUGGUGCUGCAAGCAAGGAGCAGUUUUGGUGUGGGACCAGAGUGAUUUUUAGGUAUGACGAAAACAAUGUCAAUGUGGGGUUCUGGGUAGACUGAGCUGCAGCUAUUGUAUUUGUAGCCUUUAUUUUGUUGUCCUUAUUAUGCAUGUAAUGUCAUGAAUUUUAUGCCCUGAAGUUAUUUUUGGCUUGGAAACAGAGCUCUAUACGGCAUCACCAUUGUAACUGGGUGCAAACUGGCUUCUCCAUUUGAGUGAUGGUGAGGUAUUACUUUUUCUUGAAAUUUUUUUCUUUUCUUGUUUGUAGGUUUCAGUUUCAUAUGCAGAAGAACCAUGACAAGUGGACCCAACUUGCAUUUUAGACCAUAUUCAAUGGAUAAACUUCCAUUUAGGAAGCUUUUCAUUGGACUUUGAGACAAAUUAAAAUGUUGAAUGCAGUAUGACAAGGUUUCAUAAGGACUAUAGAAGAAGAAAAGAAAAAGAAAAAAAAAACAGAAUGUGAAUAGCAAACAACAAUAAUAAAGCUCAAAUUCAUUCACAUAAAUAUGGCUCGCAAGAUGUGCAAUGGGAAAAGAAAGGAAAUUCCCACUUGAGAAAAACACAAGGAAAAGAAAUUCCCAGGAAAGCACAUGCUUGUGGGUUGUGCCCUCUUUUCUCAAAAACAAGCAAACAUUGAGAAAUGAGAAGAGAAUCAAACUUUCUUUUCCUUUUCUUUACUUUUUUUUUCCUCUCCUUUUCCUCAGCCCUUUCUCGGAUCCAAAGGAAGCGUAAAGGCAUGUAUUCCUCCAAUAAGUAGAGAGGUUCAAGUGAACAUAGCUUCCAUCCAAGAGUUUGAAAAAGCAUAUCCUCCUUCAACUCAA